CUACAUCGCUGGCACCAACGACAUGGACGGCUACAUCUUUGCCAGCGUUGAUGUGCCGGCCAUCAACGUGGACUUGCUGACUGUCACGGGGGAGGACUUCUUCAAGCUGGUCAGCCAGGUCACCAUCGCCAAGGGGCCCAGAGGUGCCAAUGCCACCUUUGACUUCUACACGGCAUCCUGGGCAGAGGACUCCUCCCAGGAGGCCAAGAAGAAGACGGUGGUGGACUUUGAGACCGAUGUCCUCUUCCUGAUGCCCACGAAGAUGGCCGUGGCCCAGCACAGAGCCAACGCCAAGUGAGGGCCGGGGCAGGGGAGCCCAUCUGGGUCA